AUGGCCGUGCUCGAGCGCGUGCGCCAAGAAAAAGGGAAUCCAGACCUCGCCAGCGGGGAGGCGGAGAUGUGGGCUGCCGUGCGGAAAGCAUGUGAGUGGGCGUUCAACGAGGCGAAGAGCGGGAUGCCGAAGGGCGUUGGGGAGAAGGUGAAGUUUGUACGGGAGAAGUUGGGCAAGGGGACGUGGGGGUGUGUUAUGAAUGGCAGUAAAGGAGGUGAUAGUAGUGGAGGGGAUGGGAAGGGGAUUAGUGAGGCGGCGAGGGCGAAUCGCGAUGCUGUGAGGGCGUAUGGCGCGGGUGGGAGUCAAUUCGGCCAACAUCAGACGCCGCAGAUUCCCUUUGCUCAGCCGCAACAGGGCAUGGCGGCUCCCCCCAAUAGCCCUGGUGUGGGCCACCUGAUCCCGCAGCAGGGCAUGUUCGCUCCUCCUCAGGUGCAGGGACAAGGCUACGGCGCACUUCCUGCGCAGAAUCAUGGACAUGGACCGGUCCGUAUAAUCAACGAUAAGUAUGCUCAGGUGCAAGGCGUGGGCGGCGGUGGGGGAGGUGUGUAUAUAGGUCCGCCGCCACCAAUACGUCAGGCUAGUCGAAGAGGCGGAGGAAGGGGAGGGUAUUCGGAGAGCAUGGGUGGGAAUUGGAUGUAG